UUGUGGUGCAGUUGGAGUUUGAAGGUGGCCAAAUCAAGAAAAAGGUCAUGGGAAAGGUGUCAAAGAUAAAAGGGGUGAAAUGUAUUGAGAUUGGGAGGGACAAGAAAAUGACAGUAAUAGGGGACAUGGAUCCGGUGUUGGUGGAUAAGAAAUUGAAGACGAUAUGUUCCACAAAGGUAGUGCAUGUUGGACCAGCAGAAGCUGAGGUCACGACGGCCAACAAUGGCGGCCAGGGGGGGAUCGGAGUUCAACAAGCGCCGGCGGCAGUGACUACUGUAAUACCGCCGCUACAACCUGAUAACCCGUACUUUAAUUAUUAUCAGAAUCUCUACUAUCCACCCAGUGCACCCCCUUGGCCAUUUUACUAGUCACACAUUAUAUUUCUCAAGUUUAAAUGCAUGCCAUCAUCCUAUUCAUCACUUA